GAUAACCUCUCUCUCUCUCUCUCUCUCUCUUAUUUCAUAUAUUGCAUAUGUCUCUCGCCCUUGGCAGCACGCAGCUGGUGAAGAAGCCCCUGAACGCCUUCAUGCUCUACAUGAAGGAGAUGAGACACAAAGUCCUGCAGGAGGGACGGGAGAGAGAGAGUGCUGCCAUCAACCGCAUCCUGGGACACAGGUGGCAUGCUCUGUCCCGCUCUGAACAAUCCAAAUACUACGAACUGGCCCAAAAGGAGAGACUGCUCCACAUGCAGCUGUACCCUGGAUGGUCCGCCAGAGAUAACUAUGGUAAGAGGAAGAGAAAGCAGAACAAACAGCAAACAGGAAGCUGCACCAGCUGGACCCUGAGUGCUGGAUGAGACUCCUGAAGAUACCACUUGCAGAGCACACACACAAUCACUCUCUCUGUUGUUGUUUUUAUCCAGUGAAAUGUUGUGAGGUUGCUGCUGAUCUGUCAUUUGGUUUAAAAUCACAGCAGGUUUUUAAUGUUUUUCUAAAUUCUGUCUGUUGAUUUAUGUGCAGUUUAUUUGAAAAACUGUGUAGCUUGAGUUUUUGUUCACACUGGUUUAAAAAGUAAAUAACACCAAAAAUGUGUUUUGCAGCUCAUUUUUAAGUUAAUUUUGUUGGACAUUUUUAUUCCCUGGCUCCCUAUUGAAAUUUAGUGAUUAAAAAAUGUAAUCGUUUGACAGCCCCAGUAUG